AUGCGAGGCAUCGCCGUAGGCUCGGUGGUGGCGGUCCGGCCGAGCCUAACCAGUGUGGACGUGGUGGUGGAGAUUCUCGACGAGGACAUUGUGAUUCCGCGCGGCACGCCUAUAUUCGUUAACCAGUCGGGGCUUAUAGCGGAGACGCUUAUAGACAUGACGCCGCUGCUGCCCAUUCCCGAGUAUGACGCGGGUCCGAGGGAUGCGGGGUGCCGGGAGGAGGGGGUGAUAGUGUGCCAUCGGGAGAGGGUGGAUGGGGAGAUAGGGGUGAGUAUGGAUGAGAUGGUGCGGCUAUAUGUGAAGAUGGGGCGCGAUGCUGAGCGGGAGAAGGCGAAGCGGGAAGGGGAAAGUGCGAUGGGGGUGUGUUGGGACGAGAGCGAGGGCGAUAAGGGGACAGGGGGAGGGGACAGUGAGAAUUCAGAAGUCUCUGUGAGAAUGAGACGGAGUGAGGCAAGAGGGCAUGAAUGCAGGGUGCUUGGGAAGGGAAGUGAGCAACUGAGGGAGCGAUUAAAGCGUGACGACUGA